CAACGCUAGGGUUGGGAAGGGCGGGGGAGCCGCCGGUGGGGAGUUUCCUGUCGAAGGAGAUAGGAGAAGAUGGUCAAGUUCUUGAAACCUGGGAAGGCGGUGAUCAUCCUUCAGGGCCGGUUCGCCGGCAGGAAGGCGGUGAUCGUGAGGUGCUUCGACGAGGGCACCCGCGACCGUCCUUACGGCCAUUGCCUCGUCGCGGGCAUCCUCAAGUAUCCUAAGAAGGUCAUCCGCAAGGACUCGGCGAAGAAGACGGCCAAGAAGUCCCGCGUCAAGGCCUUCUUGAAGGUAGUGAACUACAGCCACAUCAUGCCCACCCGCUAUACCCUAGAUGUGGAUCUCAAGGACGCGGUCACCCUCGACGCCCUCCAGUCCCGGGACAAGAAGGUGGUCGCCUGCAAGGAGACCAAGGCCCGCUUCGAGGAGCGCUUCAAGACCGGCAAGAACCGGUGGUUCUUUACCAAGCUCCGCUUCUAAGAGAGGGGUAUACAGAUGAGAUGAGAUAAGAUGCUGCCUACUGCCUAGCGUUACUUUCUUAUUUUGUUUUCGAUUGCUUGGCGUAAUCGUCGUUAUUGUUAUGGUUGGUGUCAUUUGGAGUUGUUUAUUUGAUCUAGUAGACUAGUUGGCUCGUAACAGUUUUUGAUGGGGUAUUUUUUCUUAACCGGUUUAUGAGAUGAAUGGAUCCAGAUGAGUUCGAUAUAUGAAAAUGCUCUUAUUAAAUUGUCGUUUUA